AUGGUAUUUGGAGAGAAAGUGAGAAAAAUUCCAAAACCGGAACGAAAUUGGGUUCUAGGUAAUCUACCUAUUAAAGAAGUGCUAACGUGGAAAAAUUUGAGUACAAUAUGGAACGCAAACAACAAGUUUGACUCAACAAUUGAUAUCGUGCUGAAGAAAGGCUACGCAGUAAUUGAUAUGAUGGUAACUAUGGUGUUUCGGAAUGGCAGCCUGAACCCCAAGGUAGCAACUGAGCUGCGGGGAGGUAUUGCUCUUCCGCAUCUGCUGUAUGGUUGUGAAUUGUGGUAUUUAACUUUGACACAGUUCUCUAAACUUGAAAAAAUCCAAAAUUUGUUUUGUCGGAAAGCACCAUCGCUACUUCCAGGAACUUCAGGAUCAGAAGCAAGAGGCCUAAUGGGUCUUGGCGGAAUAGAAACGGACAUCAGUAGGAUAAAGCUAUACUUUUUGGGUCGUAUCAUCAACUGCAGCUCAGCACAAGCCUUCAAGGAAUUAUUUGUAUGUCGGCUAAUAAAAUGGAAGUGGAGAUGUGACGCUGUAAAUAGAUUUAUUCCCGAUCUCAUUAGAAUUUUGGAAAAGUAUGGCCUUAUGAUGUUCAAGACGGACUUUUAUACCAUCAGAGAGUUUUCUGACGAAAUGCAAUGGAAGAGGAUUGUAAAUGAAGUUGUACAAAGAAAAGAAGAGUUGACUUGGUCUGAAAAACUAAACCAAAAACCGGUUUUAAAGCUGUAUAUGCAAGCAGAUCAUUAUUUAAACAUAAGUUUUUGGUAUGAAAUCUGGGAUUUUGCUCCAAUUAAUUCAAAUAUCGUAGUCGAUGUGAUACGUCUGCUUUGUGGCUCUUUUAAAAUCGAUAGUAUCAGGAUUAAGAACUAUAACUGUUUGCUUUCGUUUUAUUGUUCCUUCUGUUAA